AUGUACUGCUACCGUUUUGUCUCCUGGCAGACUAAGGAAGCCUUCAGAGCAUGCUGAGAUGUGUACACAGGAUCCCCCUGGCUGUGCAGCAUCAACACUGCAAAAUCUCUACUCUUCAAGGGUUCAGGGUUUGAAUAUCUGUUCAGGUGUCUCCAGCUAAGUCUUUCUACCAGGGGAAUUCUCCCAGAUUACUUGAAUGUGUGUAUGCAACCUUUGUAAGCUGACUUCUGGUACAGCAUGAAAAUCCUACUUGAGUGCCAUCAAAACUGUCCAGGCUUUCAGAUAUAUUCAAAAGUCAUCGCUGGUCUUGAAGCUGACAGACUUCAGCAGAUCUGAACUAGAGGAAGGAAGAUGAUGUCCUUGGACAAGCUGGAGAAUGCAGUCAGUAACCCGGUCAUUCCAUAUGUUGGGAGUAUCCUUAGCGGUCUUCUUCCUGGAGAGCUCAUUGUGAUACGUGGAAGCAUUCCUGAUGAUGCUGACAGGUUCCAGGUGGACCUCCAGUGUGGCAGUAGUGUAAAACCUCGUGCUGAUGUGGCCUUUCACUUUAAUCCCCGCUUCAAAAGAUCUGGCUGUAUUGUCUGUAAUACAUUGCAUAGGGAAAAAUGGGGUUCAGAAGAGAUCACUUAUGAGAUGCCUUUUCAAAAAGGCAAACCAUUCAAGAUUGUCUUUAUGGUUUUGAAGGAUAAAUUCCAGGUGGCUGUAAAUGGAAAACACUUGCUUCUGUACAAACAUAGAAUCAACCUUGAGAAAAUAGACACAGUUGGAAUAUAUGGCAAAGUGCAGAUUGAAAUUAUUGAGUUUGUUUCCAACAAGUCUUUACAAGGCUCUCAGCCAUCGUCUCUAGGAAUAACAAAGAUAAACACAGAAAAUGGGACAGUGCCAGAUGGUUCACAAUUUGCAGUUCCUUACCUUGCAAGGCUUAAUUCUGCACUUGGUCCUGGACGCACAGUUACCAUCAAAGGAGAAGUGAAUAAAAACCCAAACAGCUUUACUAUUAAUCUAAAAUCAAGCGACUCUAAGGAUAUUGCCCUGCACCUGAAUCCCCGCAUAAAAAACAAAGUUUUUGUGAGAAAUUCUUACCUUCAUGAUAGCUGGGGAGAAGAAGAAAAGGAGGUGGCUCAUUUCCCCUUCAGCCCAGGAAUGUAUUUUGAGCUCAUCAUUUUGUGUGACGCUCACGAGUUCAAGGUUGCUAUCAAUGGGGUGCACGUCUUAGAGUACAAGCAUCGAUUUAAACAGCUGGGCAUGAUCAACCUAUUGGAGAUCACUGGAGACAUUGAGUUACUGGAUGUGAGGAGCUGGUAGUUUUCCGUUAGGUUGAAGAAUCCUUAUAAUGCUAUUUUAACAAAGAUUUUUUUCUUUUUAGUCUAGAUGUGGUGCUGAGUUUUCCAGGCUGUCUUCUUUUUUUCCAGGGUUUUGUAAUAAUGCCUAUCAUAUGGCUGAGCCCUAUUAAAUUAGAUCUUCCCUAGUCUUCAGUAUACUGACAAAUUAAACUGAUGUUAUCUGCUUCAGUAGGCAUAAUGCUCCUGCUGUACGAAGAAUUCAACUACCAAACCCUAGCAAUAUAAAGAAGUUGCCUUAUAGCAUAUGUAAGAAAUACAGCUUACAUAGCAAGAGUCUAGAGUAAAGAGCAUUCCUUAAUAGAAUAUUCUCAACUUCAUAAUCAGUAUUAUCUUGAUUACAGCUAGACUGAAAUAUGAUUCACGAAUCUGAAAAUGAAGUGUCAGCUUCUUCAGGGAUCAAGUCAUAAGGGAAUUGUACAAGAAGGGAGUAUGCUGCUCUCAGCAGGAACGUGUGGAACCUCUUGACUUUAUGUUUUUUAUGUUAAUCGAACAAUAAUGAAAUUACUGGAGUUACUACAUAUAAAAAUAGACUAAUAUAUUGAUGAAUCGGGUCCAUAAUAUGUUUAAACAAUAAUAGUGUUUUUCAGCCCAAAGUCUAAAAGCAUGUCCUAAAUUAUUGUGUAGCACUUGGCCUAAUGAGACUUUUUCCACUGUUGGUUCUGUCCUGUGGUGCAAAGCCACUUCCUGACUAAUCAUAUCCACUUCUACUUAGGGUAGUUAAAGAUAAACCCAUCGAGGAAGCAGUAGGUGUUAUGGGCCAGAUCAACUGAGGUUGGACUGGCACGUGAUAGUGACGCACUUAGUUCAGUUGGCAGUAGAAGAGUGAUUUUACUAGAUCUUGUCAAUUUCUGGACUGUGUAGAGUCCAAAGAGUUCUCAUCUGAUUCAGACUGUUCAGGGAUGCUUUCUGGUAUCUGUUUUUAAGAGGGAUGCACCUGUGAACAUUAUAUGCAAAGUCUGGCCACUGGUUCAACAUGAGAGUACUUAACUCUACUACCUUGCACUAUCUGAAACAAGCAGCGGGUAUAUAUUCUACUCCAUCUUCUUUGCUGAGUGCUUGAGGGCAAUUUCAUUAGUAUUUCCCCGAGCAGAGGUUUCCAACCACCGGGCAUGAGUCCCCCGCUCAGAGCCCCGCCUGUCCGCCCGGGCGAGCAGCUUCAGGGGUGUCAUAGCUGAGCUUCUGGGGUUAAAGCCGGGCGGCAGGAGAGACCCAGGAGGGAGGCAGCCGGCUCUGUGUGCCCCAUCUCAAUCCUGCCGGGCCAUGGAAAGAAAAGUUGGGAACCACUGUCCCUGAGGAAGUCUACUGUAUUUACAACUUUUUACAAUGAAAGUUGCUGUUAGUUGGCAGCUUUAUUUCCCUAGAAAUGUAUUAUCCUUAAAGCUAAAAAAGGGAAGCAUUUCUAUCUAACACCCAUAUGUCUUAAUUUAAAUUCUUUGGUUUUUGGUCAGGCAGUUUCCAAUGAGAAUAAAAUGUUUAGUAGAUUUGAAAGACAUUUUUGUUUUCUUUUAAAUGUCUAAAAGAAUACUUUUAAAGAUCUAAAAGAUGUAGCUUCUGUAAACUUGUAUGAAGAAUGUAAAAAAGCAGAACUUAAAUUAAAAUUUUGUGAACAAUGA